AGCGAUAUCGCCCUCAUCCCCCCAUGCAAUACGGGCGAUAUAGCACGGCUCCCCGCCCGCGCUCCCGCGGACAGACACCUGCAGGUGAGAAGUAAAUAUGAGCUUGGAAACACAUGACCACCAGUGCCAGGACCCUGUGAUCUGAACUGUCUUCAGCUGACUUCCCAGCGGCUAGGUGCUGUUGAUCCUGUACCAUGGAGGACUGCCUUCACACCUCCUCUGAAAAUCUCUCCAAGCUGGUGAGCUGGGCCCACAGCCAUGGGACCAUCUGCAGCCUCAUCCCCAACCUCAAGCACCUGCUUUCCGAGGGGGCCCAUGGCAACCUGACAGCCAUGUGGGGCUGUAGUGCUGGCCAUGCCUACCACUGGCCCCUGGCCGCCACUUGCCGGGCUGGUUCGCAGGAGCGUGUCUGCUUCCAGGACAGCCGCAGCUUCAACUCAGACAGCCCCAGCAUGCUGGGGGUGCCAUCAGAGGCUCAGGCCAGCCCCCUGGAGCGCUACCCAGGCCGGCCAGGGAAGGCCAAGCUGGAUUGCACCCGCACUCGUGACUCCUGUGACUUCUCCUACUGCAGUGAGCCGUCAGAGCUGGGUGAGCCUGUGGAGGAGUAUGAGGAUGAGGCCACCCUCUUCGACAUGGUCUGUGAGUCCUCUGUCACCGAUGAGGACAGUGACUUUGAGCCACACUCGCACCGUGCUCCCACUGGCCUCCGCAAGCGGCCGGCUGCCGCGGCCCAGGCCCAGGCGCAGCCCGCUGACGAGGGCGGUGGUGACGUGCUCCUCAAGAAGAUCAAGCAGGAGCUCCCUGAGGACUACUAUAUAGUGGCCAAUGCAGAGCUGACGGCCGGCACCGACGGGCCGGCCCUGGCUCUGACACAGAUGUCCAAGCCCAAGCUGCAGCCCCCGGCUGGGCCCUCCUGCCUGGGACCCACCAGAACUGUGCCCCAGCCGGUCGCAGGCCCUGACCUCGAGCCGCAGCGCCCCUGCGCCUCCCCGCCUGGCCCACCCCGCGUGGCCACACAGCGGCCACCCCGGGGACCCCUCGCCUCCCCAGCACGGGGGGCAGGCAGUGGCCCUGUGGCUGCCCUGCAGGUGCCAGCCACCAGCUCCAAUGCCAUCACCACCGCUGGGAAACCCAUCAGCAUCCCCCUCUCAGCCCUGCAGCUGCCUGGUCAGGAGGAGCCACCGGCGGCUGCUGAGGAGACCCUCCCAUCCAUCCCACAGCUGGCCCCAGGUGGUGAGGUGGCCAGCUCGCCCUCGGUGGGCACCGAGCCUGAGGUCAGCUCCAGCCAGCAGCAGCCCCACGCAGCGCCCACCAUCACCCCUGAGGCAGCAGCGCAGCUGAUGCCAGCUUACAGCUUGACAAUAAACAAAUAUCCUACUCAACAAUUUAAUUCUGAUGAUGACUUCAAGUACUUGUGUAUCAGUGCCGUGAGCCCCAACACCACCAAGGCUAUCCCUGUGCUCUCAGUGUGUGGAGAUACUGGUGCAUGA